AUGUUGAGACUCUGCAAAUUUUCUAAUUCGGAAAAGACAAUGAUUAAAAUUAUAAAAGAGAAUUAUUCAAGUUCGUCAAACUCUCGAUAUGUACUUGACAAAAAUUAUCAGUUUUUGCAACAUAGUAAGGUGCCAACAAUGCACUUCCAAAAGUCGAUGCCUCGGCUUCCUAUACCAGAGUUAUCCAAAACUGGAGAAAGAUAUUUAAAGGCCUUAAAACCGUUAUUAAGUUCUACACAGUAUGCUGAUGCUGAGAAAAGAACUAAUAAUUUUAUUCUUAAAGAAGGUAAAGAACUGCAAGCAAAAUUAAUUGCUAAAGAUAAAGUAAACAAACAUACUAGUUACAUAUCUGACUAUUGGUUUGACCUUUACUUGCGAGAUCGUGUUCCAUUGCCUAUAAAUUACAAUCCUCUAAUAGUUUUUCAAAAUGAUUCAAGACCAGCAUAUAAUGAUCAACUAGUUCGUGCAACAAAUUUCCUAGUGACAGCAUCAAGAUUUAUGUUAUCCUUAAGGGAAUCAAUUCUUGAACCAGAGGUAUUUCAUAUGCAACCAAAGAAAAGUGAUACACAACUUUUCCGAACCGUAACUGGAUUGUUACCCAGUAGCUUGUCUUGGUAUGGUGCUUAUUUAUUUAAAGCAUUUCCAUUAGAUAUGAGUCAAUUUCCAGGACUAUUCAACGCUACCAGAAUACCUCAAAUUGAUAAAGAUAGAAUUUUCCGAGACCCCUCUAGUAAGCAUGUUGUUGUGCAAAGAAAAGGACAUUUUUAUGUUUUUGAUGUCUUGGAUUCUAAUGGAAAUCUACUUUCGCCAGAAGAAUUACUUGGCAACAUGGCAAAAAUUAUAAGUGAUGACAAACCAAGUGCCGAUUUUCCACUAGGUAUUCUAACUUCCCAGAAUCGAAAUGACUGGGCUAAGCAACGGCAACACUUAGAAGAGAUUGGUAAUGCCGAAGCAUUGAAAAAGAUUGACUCCGCUAUUUUUAACCUUGUAUUGGAUGAAGAUAGUAUUCACGAGGAUAAGCACAAAAUUUUGAGGCAAUAUCUACAUAGUGAUGGAAAUAACAGGUGGUUUGACAAGUCAUUCAGCCUAAUUGUAACUAAAGAUGGCGUUUCGGGUAUAAAUUUUGAGCAUUCGUGGGGUGAUGGUGUCGGUGUAUUGAGAUUCUUCCAGGACACCUAUAAAGAGAUAACUAAUAAACCAUUCAUCCAUCCCGAGAGUACGCCUUCUGAUAAUCACAUUACGGUUGAAAAAUUAAGCUUUAAAAUAGAUGACAAAAUAAAAGAAUGUGUACAAAAUGCUCAAAUGGAGUACAAAAAAUGGUGCGACUCUUUAAGCAUUGACUACAUAUUGUAUGAAGAUCUUAAUAGAGAAGAUUGCAAAAAGUUGAAAGUCAGCGCGGAUUGUAUUAUGCAACUAGGAUUUCAGGCUGCCUAUCACCUGUUAUAUGGAACAUAUGUGGGUACUUACGAAUCGUGUAGUACCUCUGCUUUUAAGCACGGAAGGACCGAGACAAUGCGUCCCUGUACCGAAAAGACAAAGGCGUUCUGCGACCAACUACACUCAAACAAUUACUCAAAAGACAGUCUCCGAACACUAAUGACUGAGUGUUCCUCGUACCACAGUGAACUUGUGAAGGAAGCAGCUAUGGGACAGGGUUUCGAUAGACAUUUAUUCGCCCUACAGAAAAUGGCUGAAGAAAAUAAUAUACAAACGGAAAUAUACGACUCAUUUGAAUAUAAAUAUUUAAAUAAAUCAAUUCUCAGUACGAGUACAUUGUCAUCACCAAAUGUUCUAGCUGGAGGAUUUGGACCUGUGACAAGAGAAGGUUUUGGUAUUGGAUACUCUGCGUUUACUGAUAAAUUAGGAGCAGCGGUGACAAGUUAUAAAGACCACAAUAACAGCACACAAUUUGUUGAAGCUCUCCAUAAAUCCUUUGUUGAUAUCACGAAAAUUCUAUCUGGCUAA